GUGUUACUAAAGGACAAGAUCAGAGAGGCUAAGGACAAUUACAGGAGGAAGCUGGAGUGGAAACUCCAGCAGAACAGCAUGAGAGAGGUGUGGAGGGGCAUGAAGACCAUAACUGGAUUCAGGCCAACCAACAGCAGGGGAGCUGAGGGAGUCAGCCUGGAAUCCAGAGCCACACCACUGUGCCAGCCUCUCUCUUCACAUGGCGCUGUUGCCUCCUGUGAGAUUCCUGACACCCCUCCCCCACCCAUCACCUUCACUCAAUACCCGAACGUGUACUCAAGCUUGGCAAUUUGCAUGUGUCUGGCCGCUAUCGGCUCCUACGUCUACAUUUAUCUGGUCGCACGCCUGGUUACAGUGAGUGCGGUGUCCCCCCUCGCAGUCCUGGGGUUGUUGAUCUGUCUUGCGGUGGCUACCCUCACGUCACUGGGGUUGUUUAUCUGGUUUGCCAUGACCCCCCAUAACCCUGAGACAGAAAGGAAAAGACUGGCUAUCCUCGAAGGAUUUGCCUUGCUCACAGGUUUUAGCCUUGGACCCAUACUGGACAGUGUCAUCGCCGUCGAUCCGAAUAUCAUCGUGACCGCCUUCGUCGGAACCUCUGUGAUUUUCAUCUGCUUCACUCUCAGCGCCUUGUGCGACACACACAGGAGCCACCUAUUCCUCCAUGGCACACUCAUGUCCGGCUGUUCUAUUCUGUUCCUGGUGUCUCUGACGAACGUGUUCUUCGGAUCUACGCUUCUGUUUGAGGCGAACACAUACCUGGGACCGCUCGUCAUGUGCGGAUUUGUCCUGUUUGACACUCAGCUCAUUAUCGAGAAAGCGGAGAACGGGGACAAGGACUACAUCUGGCACUGUUUGACCUUGUUUCUAGAUUUCAUUAGCAUUUUUAGGAGACUGCUGAUCAUCCUUUCCAAGAAGGAGAAGGACAAGAAGACUGUCUCUGAACGUAUUCUGUGCAAGAUAAUAAAAAGUGUACAAAUGAUGUAUGGGUUUGUUCAUGGUUUUUAUUGUCGACAAUAA